AUGGAACUUGACACCCUUGGAAAUCGUCUUACUGCCUUUGAAGGCCGCACUGCAGGGCUAGACAAUCAGAGAUGUGGGCUACUCAGCAUUCUUCAGGCUACACAGCUGGCCAACCACCUGAUCACCAACACUUCAGAGCUGGCCACGAUUGAUCAUAAACAAUAUGUAAAAGUUAAGCCCCAUAACAAACAACUGACCCCACCUGUGUGCAUGUGGUUUGUCUCAGGAUUGUGUCUGGAGAAGCUGCCGAUCUCAUCUUCCACUAGUAACCUCCAUGUGGACCGGGAGCAGGACGUCAUCACCUGCUACGAGAAGGCGGGGGACAUCGCGCUCCUGUACCUGCAGGAGAUAGAAAGGGUGAUACUCACUAAUAUUCAGAACAGAAGCCCCAAGCCUGGCCCAGCUCCCCAUGAUCAAGAACUAGGCUUCUUCCUGGAAACGGGACUUCAGAGAGCCCAUGUCCUCUAUUUCAAAAACGGGAACUUGACGAGGGGUGUCGGGAGGUUCCGGGAACUUCUCAGAGCAGUGGAGACGCGGACAACACAGAACCUGCGGAUGACCAUCGCCAGGCAGCUGGCGGAGAUCUUGCUGCGGGGCAUGUGUGAGCAGAGCUACUGGAAUCCCCUGGAGGACCCACCGUGCCAGUCCCCGCUGGACGACCCUCUCCGGAAAGGCGCAAACACAAAAACCUACACGCUCCCACGGAAGGCACGCGUCUACUCCGGAGAGAACAUCUUCUGUCCUCAGGAAAACACCGAGGAGGCCCUGCUGCUGCUGCUGAUCAGCGAGUCCAUGGCCAACCGGGAUGCUGUGCUGAGCCGGAUCCCUGAGCACAGGAGCGACCGCCUCAUCAGUCUGCAGAGUGCAUCUGUGGUCUACGACCUGCUGACCAUCGCUCUUGGUAGAAGAGGCCAGUACGAGAUGCUGUCAGAGUGCUUGGAGAGGGCCAUGAAGUUUGCCUUUGAGGAGUUCCACUUGUGGUACCAGUUUGCCUUGUCCCUGAUGGCCGCCGGGAAGUCUGCCCGGGCCGUGAAGGUACUGAAGGAAUGCAUCCGCCUGAAGCCUGAUGAUGCUGCCAUCCCGCUGCUGGCCGCCAAGCUGUGCAUGGGCUCCCUGCACUGGUUGGAAGAAGCUGAAAGGUUUGCCAAAACUGUCGUUGAUGUGGGGGAGAAAACAUCAGAGUUCAAGGCCAAAGGCUACUUAGCCCUGGGGCUCACGUACAGCCUGCAGGCCACGGACGCUUCCCUGCGAGGAAUGCAGGAGGUCCUGCAGAGGAAGGCGCUGCUUGCAUUCCAGAGGGCCCACAGCCUGUCACCCACAGACCACCAAGCAGCUUUCUACCUGGCCCUGCAGCUCGCCAUCUCCAGACAGAUCCCAGAGGCUCUGGGGUAUGUCCGCCAAGCUCUGCAGCUCCAGGGCGAUGAUGCCAACUCCCUGCACCUCCUCGCCCUCCUGCUGUCAGCCCAGAAGCAUUAUCACGAUGCCCUCAACAUCAUUGACAUGGCCCUCAGCGAGUAUCCAGAAAACUUCAUACUCCUGUUUUCCAAGGUGAAGCUAGAGUCACUGUGCCGCGGCCCUGAUGAGGCGCUCGUCACCUGUAAGCACAUGCUACAGAUAUGGAAGUCCUGCUACAACCUCGCCAACCCCAGUGACUCUGGCCGCGGGAGCAGCCUCCUGGACAGAACCAUUGCUGAUAGACGACAGCUGAAUACAAUCACUCUGCCAGACUUCAGUGACCCUGAGACAGGCUCUGUCCAUGCCACAUCAGUGGCAGCCUCCCGAGUAGAGCAGGCGCUGUCGGAAGUGGCCUCGUCUCUGCAGAGCAGCGCCCCCAAGCAGGGCCCACUGCACCCCUGGAUGACACUGGCACAGAUCUGGCUCCACGCAGCUGAGGUCUACAUUGGCAUCGGGAAGCCUGCAGAGGCCACCGCCUGCACCCAGGAAGCUGCCAACCUCUUCCCGAUGUCCCACAACGUCCUCUACAUGCGCGGGCAGGUUGCCGAGCUCCGAGGGAACAUCGAUGAGGCGCGGCGGUGGUACGAGGAGGCCUUGUCCAUCAGCCCCACCCACGUGAAGAGCAUGCAGCGCCUGGCCCUGAUCCUGCACCAGCUGGGCCGCUACAGCCUGGCAGAGAAGAUCCUUCGGGACGCGGUGCAGGUGAACUCCACGGCCCACGAGGUCUGGAACGGGCUGGGCGAGGUCCUCCAGGCUCAGGGCAACGACGCGGCUGCCACUGAGUGCUUCCUGACAGCCCUGGAGCUGGAGGCCAGCAGCCCCGCGGUGCCCUUCACCAUCAUCCCCCGUGUGCUCUGAGCAGGCCCCACUGCUGCGUGGCCGCGGGCGCCCAGGGACGGCUCUGCCCACCGAGCCAGGGACGGAUGUGCGACUGCGCGGCGCACCCACCACGAGCCCUGACUUGCCACCCCCACGUGGUCCUUUCUGAACCCACUGACGAUAUUCUAAAUGGAUUAUGUGCCAUAUUUUGUUAGUUGACAUCUGAGUUUUAAGUAAAACGAUUAUGGAAUUAAUCAGCCAAUGUAGAAUAUAUUCAGAAUUAAAAUUCAGUGGCAGCACAGAUUAUUUUUAUCAGAGCUGUAAAGAAAACCUCUGUCCUCGCCCCCAGCCGCCAACCCCGCCCGCCGUGGCCCAGAAACCAAAUGUGAAUGUUGUCUCCCACCUCAGUGCUGGUCCACGCCAGGUGACACAGCGGACAGUUCCUCGGUUUUAUUGUCAAUAAUUGUACCAUGUGAUGAAUCCUGUCCUCACUUAGAACAAAGCCUGAGUCCAAGAAUAUUUAUAUUUUACCAAUAUAUGCCUGUUACAAGAGAAGGAAAUAUGAGUUAUUUAAGUUUAACUUUUUUAUGUGAAUUCAGAGUUUAUUUAUCGAUGGAAAUAUGUACAAAGAAGCUUCAAAUGGAGUAUUUACCGACAUUCCUUAUACAUGACAGACACUUGGCUACAUGGAAAAUGAUGUUAAUAAUAAAAUGAUUUUAAAUGGA